AUGGCGGAACGUGGUGGAGAACGUGGCGCCGAGCGUAGCGGUGACCGUGGUGGUUUCGGACGUGGAUUCGGUGGAGGCCGUGACGGCGGAAGAGGUGGUCGUGGAGGCCGUGGACGUGGACGACGUGGAGGACGUGCAACGGAAGAAGAGAAAUGGGUCCCAGUCACCAAGCUUGGUCGUCUCGUGCAAGGUGGUAAAAUCACGCAACUCGAGGAGAUCUAUCUUCAUUCUCUUCCUGUUAAGGAGUAUCAGAUCAUAGAUCUACUCGUUGGUCCUACAUUGAAAGAUGAGGUGAUGAAAAUCAUGCCGGUUCAGAAACAGACUAGGGCUGGUCAGAGGACUAGGUUCAAGGCUUUUGUUGUUGUUGGAGAUGGUAAUGGUCAUGUUGGAUUAGGUGUGAAAUGCUCUAAGGAAGUUGCUACUGCGAUUAGAGGUGGGAUUAUUCUUGCGAAAUUGUCUGUGAUUCCAGUGAGGAGAGGUUACUGGGGUAACAAGAUUGGGAAGCCACAUACGGUUCCUUGUAAGGUUACCGGAAAGUGUGGAUCCGUUACUGUGAGGAUGGUUCCUGCUCCUAGAGGUGCUGGUAUUGUGGCGGCUAGGGUUCCUAAGAAGGUUCUUCAAUUCGCUGGAAUUGAUGAUGUUUUCACUUCCUCCAGGGGAUCUACCAAAACCCUUGGAAACUUCGUCAAGGCUAGUUGUUCUCUCAUUCUUAUAGAUGAAAUUUGCUUCAUUUUGAUUGCUCAAUCUGAAAUGAGUUCCCUGUUUGAUUCUCAUGAUGUGUUUGUUUUAUUGGUGACUGCAAGUUUUAUCUGCAUCAUUCUCUUGUACCUUAAUGUCUUCAAUGCUACAUUUGAUUGCCUUCAGAAGACUUACGGGUUCCUUACACCGGAAUUCUGGAAAGAGACGAAAUUCGCUAAAUCCCCAUUCCAAGAGUACACGGAUCUCUUGGCAACCAAGCCCGAUGCGAGCACCAAAGCCAAAGCCGAGGUUGAAGACCAAGCCUAA